AUGGUUUCAUUCGAAGAUCACUUAUCACUUUUCAACCUUUCCCUCGAGGAAUUGGAACAACUUCAAGAAGGCACCACCUUGAAGAAGUUCAACGCCGAUGAGGCCUGGAAACUCGGGUGUCUUACCAGAGUUUUGGCGAUUGAAUUGUUUCCUAAACAAUCGUUGGUGAUUGAUAUCACUUUGGCCAGCGGACAAGUUUUAUUCCACACAUCUUCUGGUUCGGGGACCGCGGUGGAUAAUGAUGAAUGGGUGAACAGAAAGAAGAAGGUUGUGCUAAGAAUUGGUAAGCCAUCGUUUAUGGUGGGACAAAAGUUGAGGAUGAAGAAGAUGACGAUGGAAGAGUCGCUUGGGAUUUCUUCGAUGGAAUAUGCUAGCCACGGGGGGUCUGUUCCAAUCAAGAUUGAUGGGUUUGACAAUCUUAUUGGGGCGUUGACGGUCAGUGGGUUGCCACAGGGACAAGAUCAUUUGCUUGCCACCACUGCGUUGAAGAAGUUCAGGGAUUUACAAUAG